AUGAUUUCAAGACACGUCGGCCUCGGCCACUGGGCCCCGGCUGGACUUCAGAGGCACCGCAUAGCUUCUGCCUCUACAACAGUCACUGCAUCUCGGUUACUACGUCCCACGAUCGCUACAAGGAUCCCUUGCGCCAGAUUCGAGUCCACCACGACCACGACCACAACACCCGAGGAUACUACCGGUCAUAUUUCUGCUGCCUCUAAUGAGUCCAUUAUUUGGAUCGAUAAUCUAUUCCCACUAAAGCUCACCGGUCUACUACGAGCACCAUGGCAGAGUCCGGACAGGGACGUGUCGGAGCUUUUGAAGCGGUUCCACAACUCCAAUCUCGGAAUCAUGGAUCCCAUCAACAUGGUCAAACGAGCUAUUCCAGACAGUCUUCCCGUCAAAGUGACUGAGAUCCUGCCGAGAUUAAAAGAUGGCGGAGCGUUUGUCAAGUUUUCUCAUCCCCAAGGACUGCCAGCCAAGGAGAUUGAAGGAACAAUUUCUCAGCGCCUUCAAGACAAUCCGAUUAAACCAUUUUUCAGCCCCUUCAGAGGUAUUUCUGCAGGUCUUGUCAAGGGCGUGCCCUGGCUUGAGGAUCUGCAUCGUUUUCCUUACUCACGGCUUAAGGUUGAAUUUGUUGCUCCCAACCCGGGUGAGGAAGCGGUCGAGUUGUCACAGGAGGAUCUCUAUGUCAUUUUCCGCAAGUAUGGAAAGAUUGCCGAGAUCACUUCGCAGCCAUUUGACUCCAAGGUUCUGCCCAAGUAUGCCUACGUCGACUUUGCCUUUGUGAGAGAUGCCAUCAUGGCCCGCAACUGCCUUCACGGCUUUGUCUGCCCGUCGAAUCUCGGCGGUGGCAAGACUGGCACGAAGCUACGCAUGUCUUAUGAGCAGAAAGUAAAGGCCCACAAUAUCUGGAACUGGAUCACAAACCACCCGAGAAUAGUGAUUCCCGUUCUCGUCGCGCUUCUCACUGGUAUCACCGUGGUUGUUUUCGAUCCCAUCAGAUCCUUCUUCGUCAAGGCUCACGUGCAGAGAAAAUUCCGUUUGAGCAACAGCAAGUUGUACAGAUGGCUGAGACGCCAGACUUCAGACAUAUUCUCGUUCCGAUCAGGACACAAGGGAGAGCAGGCUGGGCUCAACGCCAUAUGGAGCCACCGAAAGGAUGUGAUUGACACAAUCCAGAAAUGGUUAAUGGAAACGGCAGAGACAUUCAUUGUCAUACAAGGCCCUCGAGGCUCUGGUAAAAAGGAACUCGUUCUAGACCAAGCGUUGAAAGGUCGGAGAAACGUCCUCGUCAUUGACUGCAAACCUAUUAUCGAAGCCCGAGGAGAAUCAGCUACCAUCAAGAAGAUGGCAGCGCAAGUGGGAUAUCGACCCAUCUUUUCAUGGGCCAAUAGCAUGAGUAGCAUGGUCGAUCUUGCCGUCCAAAGCACUACUGGAGUCAAGGCUGGGUUUUCGGAGACUCUCGAGGCUCAAUUGCAAAAGAUUCUGCAGACAACCGCUGAAGCGCUGGGCGAGAUUGACAUCUCUACUCGCACCAAGGAUGAUGUGGACGCAUCCCUACCUGUCGAUGCGUGGCUCGAAACGCACCCUGAGAAACGCUCCGUUGUCGUUAUUGACAACUUCCUCCACAAGAAUGGCGAAGGCAACACCAUUGUUUACGACAAGAUCGCCGAGUGGGCUGCUGCCCUGGUUCAAUCAAAUGUUGCCCAUGUCAUCUUCCUUACGAACGACUCUUCCUACUCAAAGUCCCUCUCGAAGUCUCUACCAGACAGAGUCUUCCGUCAGGUAGCACUGGGUGAUCUGUCUCCUGAUGUGGCCAAGCGAUUUGUUAUCAGUCACCUCGAGGGUAAUGAUGAGCCCCUGCAGGAAAUCGAGUCUGAUGAUGGCGAGGAAAAGCCCGUGGCGAAGCCCAAGAAGCACAACUUGAAGGGACUCGAUCAAUGCAUCGGAACUCUUGGGGGACGACUAACUGACCUGGAAUUCCUGGCACGGCGCCUGAAGGCUGGACAGUCGCCACAAGAAGCGGUCGAAGAAAUCACUGAUCAAUCUGCUUCCGAGAUCUUGAAGAUGUUCUUGUUGGCAGGAAAGGUAGCGGCUGAUGGUACGGGUAAAACAUGGUCUGUGGAACAAUCUUGGUACCUCGUCAAAGCACUAUCUUCAAGCGAAAAGGAGGGUCUUCGUUACCACGAGGUGCUGCGUUCCGACACGUUCGCCUCGUCCACGAGCGUUUCCGAUGGCGAAGCUGCCCUGGAGGGACUGACAAAUGCAGAACUGAUCACGGUCAAGAGCAACAAUGGCCGACCAGAGAAGAUCACACCUGGCAAGCCCGUAUACCAGGCUGCCUUUAAGAAGCUGACAGAGGACAAGGUUCUCUCGGCUGCCAUGGACUUGAAUGUGCUUACCGAAUUGAGCAAGGUGGAAGGCAAGACGAUUGAAAAGGUCGAGAACGAGCUUGCUCUGCUUGGCAGCCUACCCAGACAGCCCGCGCAAACUGCUGGCAGAAUCAACUACCUUCUGGCCAAGCUAGAGACUAGCCAGAGAAAGGUUGAGGCGUACGAGAAGGAGAUGGCGCCUCUCAAGAAGACACUUGCUACGGAAUACUAG